CUCAUAAAACUCCACAACCUUCCUUCUACGGUUCAUCACACAUCCUUUCUAUUAUCGUCCUUCACUCAUUCUCUUCUCCCUCUCGUUUCGCUUGCACAUAUCAAAAUCAAUUAUUCCAUUGUUCCAUUAUCUAUCCAAAGUUCUGAAAAUGAACGAUCUAAUGACCAAGUCCUUCACCAGCUACGUGGAUCUGAAGAAAGCUGCGAUGAAAGACGUUGAUUUGGAAGCGGGUAUGGCUGGUCCUCCCGGUGUGGAACUCACCUCUUCCAUAACCCACUUGGACACUGACAUGGGUCUCUUCUUGGAAGAAGCUGAGAAGGUGAAGACUGAAAUGGGGUCCCUCAGAGACAUCCUCGGAAACUUGCAGCAGGCCAACGAGGAGAGCAAGUCUCUGCACAAGGCUGAGGAGCUCAAGGCGCUAAGGACCAGGAUCAACGCCGACAUUGUUGCGGUCCUAAAGAAGGCCAGGGCGAUCCGGACCCAGCUGGAGGAAAUGGACCGGGCCAACGCCGCCAACCGGAGGCUCUCCGGUCUCAAGGACGGCACGCCGGCGAUCUACCGGACCCGGAUCGCCGUAACCAAUGGGCUGAGGAAGAAGCUGAAGGAACUGAUGAUGGAGUUUCAGGGGUUGAGGCAGAGGAUGAUGAGCGAGUACAAGGAUACUGUGGGGAGAAGGUACUUCACAGUGACUGGGGAGUACCCAGAUGAAGAGGUGAUUGAGAAGAUCAUUGCAAAUGGGAAUGAGGAAGAGGUUUUGGGGAAGGCGAUUCAGGAACAUGGGAGAGGGAAGGUUCUGGAAACUGUGGUGGAGAUUCAGGACAGACACGAUGCUGCUAAGGAAGUGGAGAAGAGUUUGCUGGAGCUGCACCAGGUGUUUCUGGACAUGGCUGUGAUGGUUGAGGCACAGGGUGAGAAAAUGGAUGACAUUGAGCAUCACGUGUUGCACGCUUCGCACUAUGUUAAGGAUGGGACUAAGAAUUUGCAGACUGCAAAGCAUUACCAGAAGAAUAGCAGGAAGUGGAUGUGUAUUGGGAUCAUAUUGCUGCUCAUUCUUAUUCUCGUUAUUGUUAUUCCUGUUGCCACCAGUUUAAGCAGUUCUUGAGUGUUUUUGGUUAUUCGCAGUUUGAAUGAUGAUUCUUCUUGAUUCGUCAGUUUUAUUUUGUAAAGUUUGUUCGCUUUAUUAAUAUGUAUGAUUCAUCUAUUUUUUUAGCAGAAGUUAAGGUUUACGAUUUUUCAUUAGAAAGUUGUAAACUGCAUCUUUAAUUAUAGUAGUGUACUGAAUUACCAAGGAAAAUGCUGCAACUCUACUUGGCUCUAAAUAUUUGAUUUUGAAUCUGCUA